AUGGACAAGUUAAUAUCCUUAAAAUCGUUUGAAAGAUUAAAUAUAUUGGUGGUAGGCUGUGGAGGAUUAGGCAAUGAAGUAAUAAAGAAUUUAAUUUUUUUAGAUGUCAAAAACAUAUCUAUUGUAGAUUAUGAUAUAGUUGAAGUUAGUAAUUUACAAAGACAAUUAUUUUUUAGCUAUGAAGAUAUAGGCAAAUAUAAAGUAGAUGUUAUAAGUUAUAAAAUAAAGGAGACGUAUAUAAAUGAGAAUAUUUGUAUAAGAAGUUAUAAAAAUCAUAUCGAAGAAUUUGAUAGUUCAUUUUUUGAAGAAUUUGAUUAUAUUAUUGGUUGCUUAGAUAAUAUAAAGAGUCGCAUAUAUUUAAACAGUAUAAUAUAUAAUUUAAGGAAUGACAUUAUAUAUAUAGAUGGAGGAAUAGAAGGUUUUAAAGGGAAUGUAAAAAUUAUUAAUAGAAACCAAAAUUAUGCUUGUAUACAAUGUAGUAUAGAGAAUUAUACAACUAAUACAUAUCCUAUGUGUUCUAUAAUUAAUAAACCUAAAACACCUGAAGAAUGUAUUUUAUAUGUAUUGAAUGUUUCUUUUAAAAAAGAGAAACAUGAAGAAUUAAAUAUAAAUAAUAUACAACAUAUACAAUGGAUAUAUGAAGAAGCCAAAAAAAGAGCUGAAUAUUUUCAUAUAGAAAAUGUAACAUACAAUUUAACAGAACAAGUUAUUACAAAUACAAUACCUACUACUAUAAGUACAUUAAUGAUAAUUUCUUCAUUAAUAAUAAAUAUUUUGUAUAAAUUAGUUUUAUAUAAAAAUGAAAAUUUCUCAUAUAGUGAUAUUUUAUAUGUAGGAGAUAAUGGUAUAUAUACAUAUUACUAUCACAUUUAUAAAAAUCCAGAGUGUGUUAUUUGUAAUAAAAAAAAAAUAAAUCUCACAUUAAAUAAAAAUAAUACAUUAAAUGAUUUACUUGAACUUAUAAAGAAAACAUAUCUAUGUGAAAAAAUUAACAUUUCAUCAGAUACUUCUAUUUUAUAUAUAUCAUCAAAAUGUCUUAGCAAUAUGUAUAAUCACAACUUACAAUUGACACUUUCUCAAUUAAUACAUAUGGGACAAAUAAAAGAAAAUGGAUAUUUAAAUAUUCAAACUGAUAAAAAUAAUUAUAUACUAUUUUUUAAUUUGUUAUGA